GUGGUGCCGCUCCCGGAGGAGACGUGGGGCCACCGAGGAGGCGUCCGCCGCCCGCACAGCUGCUGCUUCGACACCAACGGCAGGGCCUUCAACUUCGUGGUCGGCAUCGUCGUCCUCGCGAGCUCCGUGCUGGUUGGGCUGGAGGCCGACCUGGGACUCCUCGGGCCCGCCGCGAGCAUGCGCUGGGGCAGCCUCGAUGCCGACUUGGGCCAGUUCAGCGUGCCGCCGGAGGAGGCGCAGCUGCUGCGCUCGGAGUUGCUCCGGGGCGUGGCGGAGGACCAGGCGCUGCAGGCGCGCCUGCGCGGGGAGGCCGCGGAGGACCUCGGCAGGUGCGGCGCGCGCACGCCUCCGGCGCCCGGAGGUCCCGGAGCCGCUCGCGCCGGCGGCCUACAGCGUGUGCGAGUACGCGUUCGUGGCUUUCUUCACCGUGGAGCUGCUGCUGCGGAUGUGCGACCAGCGCCGGGCCUUCUUCUGCAGCCCGUGGAGCGUGCUGGACGCGGCCGUGGUGGCGCAGGGCCUGCUGGACGCCGUGCUGCCGCUGGUUUGCGGGCCCGACCCGUCGCCGGCGAUGCUCGACGCCAUGUCUUUCCUGCGGAUAUUACGGGUUCUACGCGUCGCUAGGCUGCUGCGCGUCUGCCUGGCCCUGCGGGUGCUGGCGAGGGCCUUCGUCAGCGCGUUCUCCGCCAUGGCCUGGAUCAGCGCGGUCGUCCUCAUCCUGAACUUCGUGCUGGCGAUCCUGCUGACCGUGUUUGUCGGGCAGAACGCUGCCAUGUGGGAGGCCAAGGCUGACGAGGUAAAUUUGUGGUUCGGCUCCAUAUGCAAGUCGAUGCAGACGCUGUUCUUGGUCAUGACGCUCUCUGGUUGGGAGGACAUCGCCGCCGUGCUGUCGGAGGUGUACCCGCCGGCGUCCGUGUCCGUGGAGAUGUCGCUGGCAGUUGCAAGGAGGGGCGGUGAGGACACGUUCCACACGCGCCAGGCGUUCGUCCUGUACGUGAUGGUCAGCUUCUUCACCGUGCUGAGCCUGACUACGGGUGUGGUGACCGACUCGUUCAUGACUGCCCAGCGGGACGAGGAGGCGUUCCGGCGGGCGCAGCUCGAGGAGCAUCGU